AUGGCGCCUCCCAAAUACGCGGGACUAUCGGGCAGGCCCCUCUCCCUCUCGAUAUCGACCAUUGCGACCAUGGGCUUCUUACUAUUCGGAUAUGACCAAGGAGUGAUGUCCGGCAUCAUCUCCGACCCAGCCUUCAACAACAUGUUCACAGCCACGCGAGGCGACAACACCAUGCAAGCGACAGUAACUGCCGUCUACGAAGUCGGCUGCUUGUUCGGCGCCAUCUUCGCGCUCCUCUUCGGCGACCGCCUCGGUCGACGACGAAUGGUGCUCAUCGGCGCAACCGUUAUGAUCGUUGGCGUGAUCAUCCAGGUGUCGGCGAUGCCAAACUCCCUGCCGCUCCUGCAGUUCAUCUUCGGUCGCGUCAUCACGGGCAUCGGCAACGGCAUGAACACCUCGACUAUUCCGACCUACCAGGCCGAGUGCUCCAAGACCAGCAAUCGCGGUCUGCUCAUCUGUAUUGAAGGCGGCAUCAUCGCCAUCGGCACCGCGAUCGCUUACUGGAUCGACUACGGCGCGCAUUUCGGGCCCCCUGAUCUUGUCUGGCGUUUCCCUAUCGCUUUCCAGGUCUUCUUCGGCAUUAUUAUCAUCGUCGGCAUGAUCUACCUCCCCGAAUCGCCGCGCUAUCUCAUCGCCCAUAACAAGCUUACCGAAGGCGAGACUGUUCUCGCCGCCCUCGCCGAUCAGGAAAUCAACUCCCACCACGUCCAGCUGGAAAAGACCCUCGUCCUCGACUCAAUCCGCGCGUAA